CAAUAGAACUGGCCGUCAAAUACGGGGCUCCUAACCGAGCCCUGAAACAACUCCAGUACUGUAAGUAUGCCUACACCAUGUACACACUCCGAUGGAGCUGCAUUAUCAAGAACAUCGGCCCCAGCACCAUGCACGGAUGCCGUGCAACCAUCGGAAUUAUUAUCAGUACCCUCUGCUAGUGGAAGGUUAAAGACACUUUGUCAAACUGUAUCUAAAGGAACUCCGUUGUUCUCCCUUUCGCUUUUACGCCAGCUCAUCCCAAAGCAUCACCUGUCUUACCACCUCAGCGUCCGCUUAACAACAAAAGAAUGGCUGCCCAGGAGGUCCUUGCGUUGAACCAAAAGCUGCUGGCGGCCAUCGGCGCUGGGGACUACGCAACUUACGAGUCCAUGUGCGACCCCAGCCUGACCUGCUUCGAGCCGGAGGCCAAGGGGCACCUGGUGGAGGGCAUGGACUUCCACAAGUACUACUUCACAAUGCCACCAGCAACACCGGCACCUGCGGCUGCUGAUGCUGCUGCAGCGCCACCCAGCAAGAAACAUGUGCUGAACACCAUGUCGUCUCCACACGUCCGCCUCGUUGGCGACCGGUGCGCGGUGGUCUCAUACAUCCGUCUCACGCAAAAGAUGGUGUCUGGCGCGCCUGUGACGGUUCAGGCAGAGGAGACGCGCGUGUGGGAGAAGCAGGCCGACGGCCGCUGGCUGCAUGUGCACAUGCAUCGCUCUGUUGUGCCGUGGUAAGGAUGAGGCAAAGGCUUGACAGACAUAUCUCCAUUCUAGGCUGGCAUGAAGGCGGAUGGUGCAAGACGUUGGUGUGGCGUAGGCACCUGUCGGCUGACUGGAUGGAAAUGGAGGAUUUGGCUGUAAUGCCGUGCUUAUUGGAGCCGGAAAUUUGGGCUUUUGCUUUUGUGGUAGACGACUGCGGAGGAUGUUGCGUUUAAGAACCAUGUGUGUAUUGCCUACCAAGGUUGCCAAACUACAUAUUUGCUUAACAUUUCCCAUGCAAAUUCCAUGAAGUCUACUUGUGCGAUUAAUGAAUGCACAAGGGACCAACAUGAAAGAUGCCUAGGAAAUACGAUGCACACUUGUGGUAAGAGAGGGCUGAUUUGACCUAGUUUCGUGCAUCGUAACACACAUGGGGGCUACGGAUUG